AUGUCUGAACAGGCAGUUGCUGUGGCUGGUGGAGUAGUAGCUGGACUUCUGCUUCUGGUCCUUCUGGGGAUAGCCGCCUACCUCUUCUGGAAGAGUAAAUAUCUCAAGGGCUCUUAUGAAGAACUGACUGAUCCAGUCACCCCGGUUCUGCAGGAGCCAGAUGUUGCUCAAUCAACUUCCGUUCCUCCUCAAAACGCCAGAGCAAAAAGUGUUCCUUUCAUUGUCCCGCCCAAAUUUCACCGACAAGGGUGGACCGAUGUGCUAAACGGAGAACAAAUUCAAGAGGAGAAUGAGCUUUAUGUUACUCCAGAUUCUGGACCCCGAUCCUCUUUCCAUUCUUUAGCUGGAGCGUACCUUGGAGGGACCAUCAAUCCAGAACUGUACCGUUUUCCGGAAGACGAGAGUGAGACGGACUUCCCGGAAGGAAAUAUUGGCCGGCUUUGGUUCUCCGUAGAAUAUGAGAAAGAGUCCGAAAGGCUGCUAGUCUCCUUGAUUAAAGCCCGGAAACUUCAGCCUCCUUCUGGUUCCUGCAACCCCUUGGUGAAGAUCUACCUGCUCCCGGACGAGAGGCGUUACUUGCAAUCCAAAACAAAACGCAAAAAUCUCAAUCCUCAGUUCGAUGAGGAUUUUGUUUUCCAGAUUUCAAGCGCUGUUUUAUUUCAGAGGACGCUGAAGUUCUGCGUCUACCAUGUUGAUAAACAGAAGAAGCAUAUUCUCCUGGGCCAAGUUAUCUUCCCACUGAAAAAUGAAACUUUGGCUGAAGAUGGAAAGGUUGUGGUCUGGAGAGAUUUGGAACCAGAUAACCUGGAGCCACCUUCUGAGCAUGGCGACCUCCAAUUCUCCCUCAGCUACAAUGACUACCUGGCCCGCCUCACGGUGGUGGUGCUGAGGGCACGAGGUUUAAAGGUCCAGAAAGAGCGAAACAGUGUUGGUGUGUGUGUCAGAGUGUCACUAAUGAACCACAACCAGCUCAUCAAAAGCAAAAGGACCACAGCAAUCAUUGGAUCCUCCAAUCCGUUGUACAAUGAGACUUUUAGCUUCAAGGUGGACCAGCUGGACCUCGACGCAACCAGUCUGAACUUGUCUGUUCUGCAAGGAGAUGAGACAUCCUCGCUGGGCCGUGUGAUUGUGGGGCCCUUUAUGUACACCCGGGGGAAGGAACUCGAACAUUGGAACGAGAUGAUGAGCAAACCCAAGGACCUGGUCAAAAGAUGGCAUGCGCUGUCGCUUAGCAGCUGA